GACUCUAUACAGGCUGCCGACUUCUCCUCAUCGCCUUCCUUCCUUAUUCCAGCCUACCCUCACUGGGAUACCUACAAAAUGUCCGGCCGUAGCCAUCGCGAUUAUGCUGACAUCUCGCAACAGGACGUCUCCACGGACUCGGAAGCAGAAGCGCACGAGCUGAACCCAAUGGCGCCACCAGAGAAACCAUCGGAGUCGCGGCGCCACAAACACCAUCGGCGGGAGCGGGAGCGGGAGAGGCGCGGGGAUCGACAGGCUUCCCCGGCCGCCGCUGACCGCGUCGACAGUGGGCUGCUGCGCCGCAAUCCAUCACGUCCACGGCACAGUGGCAGAGCCCACGGGGCUCCGGGCAGAGAGUCAGAGGAUCCUGGGUAUCGAGCGGCCAAUAAAGAUUUUCAACGGAGUUAUGGUCGCCGUGGUGGUGAAGCCCCGCCGGCGUGGACGAGGACUCCGACUUUUCGGGAGGAUGGGACGGGUGAAUUGCAGACCUACUACCAGUCUAUGGGACCGACUGCGCAGGGUCAGCUCGCGAGAAGACAUGAUUAUCGGAAACAAUAUGCUCACCUGAUGGGUAAAAUUCUGCUACGGUGGCUGGCGAGUUUUAUACUUGCCGCGGCCAUGGUCGUGGCGUUCUAUCAGUACGAGAAGAUCAAGAUCUUGUCGAAGUCUAAGAAGCGUUGGUUCAAUGCCGUCACUACCGGGUUAUAUCUCACCCUAGGUCUGAAUUUGGCUGCGUCGUUGAAGGGUAUGGCCAUUAUUGUGAGGUGGAAGCUGCUGGCUAGAAAAGCCCACCAAUUGGAGGAGGUUGACUUCCUUCUCGGGCUGAGUUCGCUCAUCAAAGUGUUUCGAUAUGGAAUUCACAUCUUCCGUACUCGGCCUAUGACCUCAAUGGCUUGCUUUUCAUGGAUUCUGUUCAAUGCAGUUGGCCGUCUUUCAGUGGCCCUGACUGGUUUGACAUAUUCCUACGAUAGUGCGGGCGCAGCCUUUCUCCAACAUGGAACUGUCAACGUAACCAACUGGGCCACCUUCUCCGAGCACGACGCAGUCUCACGCUCAUACACGCCCACGGCGGAAUCUGAACGCGCAUCCGCACACCAAUGGGGCCUCUUUUCUGUGAUUUUCCAGUACCAACAACUAACAAAACCUGGAGUGUCGGACCCAAACACUCCAUAUGACCGACCUAUCGAGAUAGCAUCGGACGAUGAGGGGUGGGUAUAUUACUUCCGCGAGCGAAAUCCGCAUGUAACCACGACGCACACACCGCUCGCUGUAAAGUCGGGUCGCUGGAUCCAGUCAUCGGCUGAGUGUGAUUAUUAUCCGCUUAUCGAAGGCCAGUAUGGGAAUUCGUCAACGGUUGUAUAUUUAAAUGGUACAGAGGAACAUACUCUCAGUGGAAUCUCGGAUUAUGGCCCCGCCGCCACAACGUGGAUCAACCCGCGCUCCGACCUUCCGCGCAACAAUGACUGGGACUGCGGGUCUCGCUGUGCCUCCGUCGCCGCUCUCUCCUUCCUCGGUCCCACCGACUCAGGCAACGGUGCUUUCUACGACUGCGAAGUCAGCAUCUCCACCGUUCAAAACGGCACGGAAGCCAUCCACCAAAUGCCCGAUUCGGUCGCCCACGUAGCCGCCGGUGCCAUCUCUCUCGAAGGCUACUCCACCGGCCCCGACAGCUGGGAAUACGUCCGCUACAUCCCGGAGUCGCCCUGGAGCAACUACGGCACCUCUCUCUCCACCGACGCCGACUACAUGGCCCGGCUCGCCAGCCGCUUCGCCAUUGGUGCCAUCGCGGCAAAAGACUUUUACGGCGAAUCAACCGCGCAAGCCAAAGGCCAGCUGGUCGUGACCGGCGUGCUCCUAAAGGUGAAAUGGAACUUCCUGUUCCUCAUCCUCGGCACGAUCUUGGUGUGCCAGCUGCUGCUCGGAUGUGCGACCGUCGCAUACGCGAAUACCGUGUUCUGCAAAGACGAUAGUUACCUCUCCACCGCACGUCUGCUUCGGCCGAUUGUCGAGCGAUUGGGCCCCAGUGGAUGUGCUAUGACCGGAAAAGAUAUUGCGCACACGUUGUCCGAGAAUAUGGUCUACGGCGUACGUGCCGAUGAGGGCGGCACACGGCACCAUCUCGAUCUGGGCGAGGAUAUUGUGCCCAGGAAGUGGUUCCCGGAAGGAUGGUACGAUGGGUACGAAGAGUGGGUUGAUGCGGAGGAGGAGAACGUGGAUCUCAGGGAAAAGCAGAAAAAGGCUGCCAGGAGAAGGCCCGUGGUGCUGGCGGGCGCGGCGACAAGUGUCAGGAGGAGGAGGGCGUGGAGGGCGUGAUUUUGAUGCGAUAUUGAUGCGAUACCAUUUAGAUGGAGUUUUUGGGAUGAUUUUGAUUUUUUUGAUGAUGUUGAUGUCGCUUAUGAUGGUGAAAAGACUGUGGUUGCUCUGGUAAUGUGGAAUUGAGAGAUGAACUUUACUUGACUCGAUUGAUGUAGUGUUACGAGAAAGAUGGGAAAGGAGACUGCUUAUAACAGAAACGAGCUCGUGUGCACAACGAGAUGAGGCCGGCGAAGCCGGGCCUCAGACAGAGGAUGCGGCGAUAGCCAUCGCCGGACUAGGCUGGGGGCUUGAAGGCUGGAAGGCUU